AUGUUCUCCAACCUGACGAACAUCGUGCACAAGGCCCAGCAGCUCAUUGACCCCACCCAGGGCCUCAAUCUCUCCAGCUCCGACCGCAACCCUUCCAAGGCCUCCCUCUUCCGGAGCCAGUUCCGCCUGCCCGCCUCCCAGACGCCCCUGUGCGAGAUCAACGCAGAGCUCACCAUCCCGCCCUCCAACGCCACCCGCGGCGACAGGGACCGCCAUCGAGGAUGGCACUACGCCGGCAAGCUUCACCUGUCCGAGGCCUACAUGUGCUUCUCCACCACGCCCACCAGCUUCCUCCAGUCGGCCAGCACCUCGACCUCGUCCGCCUUCACCGGCCAGACCCACGGCGCCGGGCCCAGUGGCAAUGGCUUCACCUUUCCCCUCUGUGCCAUCCGAAAGGUCGAGAGGCUCAACAGCCAAAACUUUCAGUUCGCCCUGGCCAUCACCACCUGGAACGGCCUCCUCACCGAAAACUUCAAGGACAAGGAGGCCACCAAAGACGCCAAAGACGCCAAAGACUCGCGAGACCAGCGCAUCACCAUCCACCUGGCCGGCUCCCGACCUGCCUGCGAGAGGUUCUGUGACGGCCUCAAGCGGGGCCUGCGCGCCGGCGUCGGCAAUGUCGCCAAGCUGCGCAGGGUCGUCGCCGAGUGCUACUCCGAGCACCUCCUCCGCCCAGAGGACAAGAAGACGGCGAGCCCUCCCGACGCCGGCCUCGGCAUGGUCUUUCGAUAUCCCGGCGACCCCAAGAAGCUGCGGGACCGCGCCAAGAUGCGCCUCUGGGCCGAGUACCUGCGCGACAACGGCCGAAACGCCACCCUGAUGCGCCAGCCCACCUUCCACAAGCUCAUCCGCGUCGGCCUGCCCAACCGCCUCCGAGGCGAGAUAUGGGAGCUCACCUCGGGCUCCGUCUACCUGCGCCUCGAGAACCCGACCCUGUACGCCGACACCCUGGCCAAGUUCGACGGCCAGGAGUCGCUCGCCAUCGACGAGAUCGAAAAGGAUCUGAACCGAAGCCUGCCAGAGUACCCCGGCUUCCAGAGCGAGGAGGGCAUUGGCAGGCUGCGCCGCGUCCUCACCGCCUACAGCUGGGUCGACGCCGACGUUGGCUACUGCCAGGCCAUGAACAUUGUCGUCGCCGCCCUGCUCAUCUACAUGUCAGAGUCCCAGGCCUUUUUCCUGCUCUCCGCCCUGUGCGAUCGCCUGGUGCCCGGGUACUACUCCACCACCAUGUACGGCACCCUGCUCGAUCAAAAAGUCUUUGAGUCCCUGGUCGAGAGGACCAUGCCCAUUCUCUGGGAGCACCUCGUCAAGAGCGACGUCCAGCUGUCCGUCGUGUCCCUGCCCUGGUUUCUCUCGCUCUACAUCAACUCGAUGCCCCUCAUCUUCGCCUUCCGUGUCUUGGACGUCUUCUUCGUUGAGGGCCCCAAGGUCUUGUUUCAAGUAGGCCUCGCCAUCCUGCGCAUAAACGGCGAGGAGCUGCUGGACGCGGCCGACGACGGUGCCUUCAUUUCGGUCCUCAAGUCAUACUUUGCCCGGCUCGACGAGUCGGCCCAUCCCAAGUCGGAGAACCCCAAGCUCCGCGCCGUCACCCGCUUCCAGGAGCUCAUGGUUGUGGCCUUCAAGGAGUUCUCGGGAAUCACCCACAGCAGCAUCACGGAGCUGCGGCUGAAGAAGAAGGAUGCGGUUCUCAGUAACAUUGAGAACUUUGCCAAGAGGACGGCCAUUCGCAACCUGGGGCCGGACAGCAAGCUGCUGGGCCCGGACGAGCUGGGGGCGCUGUACGAUCGCUUCUACAGCGUGCUCUACGAGCGACAGCAGAGGGAGCAGAUGGUUCAAGAGGAGCUGCAGCGGCGGGCCAAGUCGAGCAGGAUGCGGGCCUCUGAGAUUUUCGCGCCCACGCCGCAAAAUCAGGUCGAAAAGGGCCGCGUCGCGCUCGGCUCGAGCACGAGCCUCAUGGACUACGACGCUUUCCGGGAGUUCCUGGCGGGCAUGUCGCGAUGGGCCAUCUCCGACUCCCCCAACCACUCGAGGCGGCAGACGGGCACGGACACGGACAAGUUUGAGCCCGCCGAGCAUGAUUUCCUGCAGCGGCUGUACAAGAAAUGGGACGUCGACGGGAACUCGGCACUGACCCUGCAGAACGUCGUCACGGGUCUGGCGGGCAUCAAGGGGAAACACGACAUCAUGGGCACAAUCACCUACUUUUUCGAGCUCUACGACGACGACGGCGAUGGCAGGGUAGACCGAGAGGGGAUCCUGCGGAUAUCCGAGGCGCUCCUGUUCCUGUCAAGACGCGGCCUAGAGGGUACCCUGAGCUCCAACGCCUCCAGCACAGCCCUGAAUGGGGACACGGGCAGUGGCCAGGAGUCUCAGGGCAGCCUCCCUGCUAGCGCGCCGGCAAACGAGCGGUUCCUGGGCAGCGUGAGCGCCUUUAUUCGACGGUGCUUCGAGUACGCCGACGCAGAUCAUCCUCAGAACAAGGCCAGCGGGGAAGACACGUCGUCGAUGUCCCAAGGGGGGGCCGCCGACUCGAGCGCCUUCGCCAUCGGGGACGACGAGGACGACGAAGACUUGCUCGAGCUCGAGGCGCCCUCGGACUCUCCCGCGAAAGCAAAGGAGGCCAAGGAAACGUCUCCGGACCCGGAUGACACGGCCCCCGCUACAGGAAGCGGCGCUACCUCCCGACGCAGGGUGUCCAAGGCAAAGUCUGAAGCUGCCAAUGCCGCCCUGGACCCGGCUCAUCCCCUUCACAUCACCCUGCCGACCUUUAGAAUGGUGGUGCUGGCCGAUGAGCUGCUCGAGCAGUUCUUUGAGUCGUCUUUCCCGGCAUCGUUCCACGUGGUGGAGGGAGUGAGGAGUGCUGCGGCGACACCGUCAACGCAGUCUUUGACGACGUUCUCGAGCCUGGGCUUCGGCGCCAGGUCACCGGUGCCGAUGCAGCCGGGCCCGCCGGGAGGGGGUCGCGGCCUGCGCGGCGUGCUGGACAACAUCGUCACGGACGGCAUGCGGGUGGCGACGGAGGUGCGCAGGCGCAUGGAGGAAGCCCAGAAGGAGCUGGAGAAGAACGCGCUGCCCGACCAGCGACAAGACGACGACGACGAAGACGACGACGACAUUGGCGUCGCGAGCACGGAUCGCGACCUGCUCGACGGCCUGGACGCAGAGGCCGGGGCGCCGUCCAAGGACGAGGAGCAGAACCUGAUGGACAUGGACCCGGCCGAGGGGAAGCGCCCGGCCGAGGCGUCGGCCUCGUUGUCGGGAACGGGCGUGGUGGAGUUUGAGGGAUGA